CCCCCAAAAUGGCGACAGCUGCACCCAAAUCGGAAUCAGAAGAUGAAAAAUCCCUGAGAACUGUGAUAACUGAGAACUUUGUGAGUUGCCCUAUAUGUCUUGUGGAGUACACGGACCCGACAGAUUUGCCAUGUAAACAUACAUUUUGUAAAGGGUGUCUGUCGACUUUAAUAUCUCAUUUAAAACCAGGAAGUAAGUUUCCAUGUCCGGUUUGUCAGCGAGAAAUAGAAGUGCCUAAGAAUGGACUUGGGGGCUUUACUCAUAAUUUCUUUGUUGAAAGCUUGCAGGACAGUGUUCUGGACAGUGUUCUUAAGGCAUCCAAAAAGACAAAGUGCAGCUUUUGUGCCUUGGCGUCUGAAUCUGAAACUGUUGCCACUGCUAAAUGCAUCACCUGCAAUGACUACCUGUGUGAAAAGUGCUCUAAGUUACACUGCAGUACCAGGUUCACCAAAGACCACAAGGUCCUCACUUUUCAACAGAUACAAAGUGAGGAGUACCAAACGGUAAUCCAAGAACAACGGAUUAUUUUCUGUCCCGAACACAAAGACGAACCUCUACGGUACUACUGCGUGAAAUGUGAGAAACCCGUCUGUCGUGAUUGCAAGAUCUUAGGUCACGAUCGUCACAAGGUGACGACUUUGUCAACAGCUUCUGAAGAUGUCAGCGGUGAACUACAGUCAUUAUUAGAACUUUUUGAGACACAAGACGAAACUAUACAAGAGAAAAUCGGGAUACUGGAGGAAAUGAGGAUAUCGUUCCAGGAAAAUAAGGAACACAUUUGCGUCGAGGUUUCACAAAGAGCAGAUCAUAUUUGUCAGAUAGUACGUUUAAAAGAAAAAGACAUUCUACAGGACUUAGAGCAGUCGUUUUCUGUUCAGAUGAAAAACUGGAGUACAGCCCACGAUCAUUUCAGCGGCAUAUCUUCCACCUUGAAGAGUUGUGUAAAUGUUAUAAGAAACACCCUGAAACGAGGUGUCCCAGUAGAGAUCCUCAUGUUACCGGACCGGUUAGAGAAGCCGUCUGGACUAGGUUUAAAGGACAAACUAACCGAAGACGAACUAUACAAAGAAUUAAAACUCACAUUUGAGACCAACCAGGAUGUGGACCAAGAGAUAUCGAGUGGAGCUGGCCUUGGACAAAUCCAUGAAGAAUGGAGAGAGACUAGCCUAUUCGAGGAAGACACCUCCGAGUCCACUAGUGAAGAUGAAGAACAGGCUUCAAACUCAACAUCACCGGCGACCACUAGUGAAGAUGAAGAACAGGCUUCAAACUUAACAUCACCGGCGACCACUAGUGAAGACGAAGAACAGGCUUCAAAUUCACCAUAAUCAGUGCCUUCUCCACAAGAUGAACCAACAUUAGUAAACUACAUAAUUGUGGUGUUUGACAUUUAAGGUAGUCCAACUGGAGACUGUAUCACAUGGGCUAUAUGAACCACGGGCAUGCACCAUCAACCAGGAAGGAGAUCUUGUUGUAAGAAGAAACUACGGAAAUUGAAAGUCUAUCGUUAUUUGGAAACUUAGAUUUAACUUGACUUAACUAAUAAUACCAAUAAUGAUAUAUUAACAUAUAAAAAUCCAUGGACAUUAUGAACUGUUUGAAAUGUGCCACAAUUCAUUUUCAAAUAGAACAUUAUUAGUUUCUUCAUAGAAAUUUGUAUUCAUAGCACUCGAAUAUAACUGUCAAACAGUACGGUUUUAUGGAUUUAUUCACAAUUCUGAGAACCUAUGCUUGCUUUUUUGAUUUCAUAUUUUGUCAUAGGUUUACAAUGUCUGUCUUUAACCUUUAUAUGUUUGUCGAUAUGAAUGAAAAUGAUUAAGUUUUAGAAUAACAAAGAUUAAGUUAUUUACAGUCAACCAUGUUAAAAAACUGCUCCGUAAAAAAAGUGAAUUUGAAUGGUGGCUUUUAAUUUCAGAUCUUUCCCAAAUAAUAUCAAUGUUUUGAAAAUAAUACCCUUGAUAUUGGAAUUUAUGCAAAAAGUGAGCCACCCGAAUUUAUUUUUCGUGUUGUUGUUUUGUAAGACAAACUCUUUUUAAAUUAAAAAUAAAUCAUGUAUCGUUCAGUA